AUGACGCAACAUGGGCCGAUGAUGACAAAUCCGAACAAGAGAGAUGCAGCAGUUUCUGCCGCCAAGUUUAGAGCUUCAAUCACGGAACCGUCUCUAGACUGGACGGGAAACCAUUCGAUGCGAAAGAAGCGGAAGCCCUACACGAAAUAUCAGACGUUGGAACUCGAAAAGGAGUUCCUCUAUAACACUUACGUCAGUAAGCAGAAACGAUGGGAGCUAGCUCGAACCCUUGGACUCACCGAACGACAAGUGAAGAUAUGGUUUCAGAACCGACGAAUGAAAGACAAGAAAGUGAAGCAACGAGCGACAGUGGAUGGCGGAGGAUGUGUGAUGAUGCUGAAAGAGGAAUGA